AUGCCUCAACCAACACAAUCAGAUCCAGAAUUUGCUCUUGGUGUUGAUGUUAGCAAAUUUAAUUGUGCUUUUGAUGAACAUACAAAAUUCGUACGACAAGUCUUUCGUCAAGCUAGAUAUGCAUCAAAUCCGAAUUUUGUUUUACAAAACGAAGAUAUGGUUCUGAGUAUCCAAAAUGCAAUGAAAAAGCGUGAUCAACGAUUACAACAAGAUGAAGAAUAUUUUAAACAUGUGUGGCAACUUGUAAAAGAAUCAGUUAAGCAGCUCAAGCACGAUCACAAACGAAAUCUUACAUUUCAAACAUUACGUGCACAAAUCGGUAAUAUGAAUCCAUCUCAAUCUCAAGCUGCCGAUAUUCAAUCAUGUGAAAAUAGUAUUUCAAAUAAUUAA